CGAACUUGAAAGAUUUAGGCUAAACUUUUCAAGAUAAACCGUGACUUAAACCGUGACUGAGCUUCUUUAAUCAUCGGUAAUGACACAAAUUUACCCAUAACACGAUGGCUGUACUCUGAUUGGCGAACGAAUGAUGGGGAAGUUUCUUUAAUCAUUCACUCAGCUCCACAAUCAACAGUAUAGAAGGUACAAUCUUGUUUGUUGAUCAAAUGCCGUGCUGAGGAUCACCAGGUUUGUACUAGAGCUGAAUAGAACCAUGUAAAAUGAAUAAAAUUGAUUCAGAUUUUUCUAUAUGUUGUUCUUGUGGCUUCUAUUAGCAUCUUUGUUCGUCUUCUUGUUCAGUCAUUUGCUGUACUCCGUUACACAGCAGAGGCGUAAUUGCUCGAUUGUUCAAAGGUUUCCAAAUGGAAUCCUUGAUUUCUUGACUGUUCGCUUUAGAAGCCUUGAUCACUCAAUAAUGUUUUGUUUGCAUGAAGUCUUGCUUUAGCACUUUUCCUGCUCGCGUCUCUCUGAAUCUUAGACUGAAUCAAUGAGUUAUUGCCAUUUAAUCCCAAUUGGGUGAAGGUUUCUCACUGAAAUCCUUUCCGUUCGAUUCGUCCCCAACAGUGAAAAUCAAUCAAUCAAUCCAACUUUAUUCACGUGUCAGAGUAUUCUAGCUCGACUAAAAAGCCGCAUUACUAUAUGACACCUACACUAAAAAAUCCCAGUCUCCUCGGUACCACUUCUGUAACAAAUCUAACAAAGGAGGCCAUCACAAUCUAGGACCUAGGGAAAUUUAUCCAUGAGAAAUAUAGACAGUAGGAACUGAAAUCGGUCUUCACCCUUGAAUGCCGAUAUCCUCGGUUAUGAUCCAAUGCUCGAUCACGUUAAAUAACAGCAUUGUAAAAACAAUGAUGCAAGAGACUGCAAACGAAAAUGCUGCUGGUAUACGUAGGAUCUGUGAAAGAUCUGAUCAGCCAAAAAUAGAAACAUAACAAUGAAGCAAGGCCGGAAAUGUAGGAUUCCUUCUAGAAAACUGAGGCAAAAUCUCCGUGUGGCCUUAAUACCGGGUUUCCAUGCGAUGUUUAUUUUUUAAAAAAUAACUGUAAUGGAACAGAGACCAAUCAGAUUUGGAUAAAUGUUCUAAUUGGCUAAAAAUACAGCACGCUUCCUGUGAUUGGCUAGCACAGCUAGUGCUAAUGAGCGUUCGACAUGUAAUCAAUCUGUUUACCUAAAUAUAUCUGUAAUAAAUUAAGUGAAAAGUUCACCACAGUCCUUCUGUCAUUUGCACGAUAAAUAUUAAAAAAUAAUGCACCGUCACGUGGUACAUACAGAGCAAAGAUCUGGUGACUCAACCAACCAAUCAGUGAUCGGUGUUUCAUCAGACCACUUUCUCAAGCCCCACUUCCCAUUUUAGAAACGCUGUAAGUUUUCGUAAUUAGGUUUCGGGAGACUUCGUUUUAUAAAUUAUCUUUAGAGUGUAAAAGAAUCUUGAAAAGUCUGACACAUUUCUGCAUACUGGUUUAUUUAACGGAAAUGGUGAUUCUCAAACUUGUCACAACGUGAACGACAACUUGCUGUAUGUGUGCACAUCACUACGAGUUAAUUUGAUUCUCCAUCUUAGCUUUUAUUUUUAAAUGAUAUUUACUAAUUUGAAAACAAGCAUUUUUGCAUUUUGAUGCAAAUUUAGUGGGAAGUUUAAUGUGGCGUGAAAGAGAUCGUUAGUGGUUUUUGCUACACAGCGUGGGAAACGUAAAUUUAUAUAAACACAGAAACAAACAGGCAACACAGCAAAAACAAAAUCCGGUGUCAAAAAUUUUUUUAGCAGUUUGUUGCCCAUGGACUCAUCGUGUAUGCAAUUCUGUUUCGCGAACUGCAUCGUCAAAAAAUUGCACUGUAAACAAGGUAUUUACAUCGAAGUCACUGAACCAUGGUGUUAUUUUGAUGCAGUUCAUCAGUCGGGGUUGAUAUUCACUUAACAUUGACCUUCCCAUUGUUAGAUGACGUAAAUGAAUUUUAGUAGGUAAUUGACUUCCUGUUUUAGAAUAUUUAGUUGAUUUGCAGCGAAAUGUCUUGCACCACAACUCAAGAACCUCGGCGAGCGAGCAGAGCUAAACAGCAAUGCCAACACACGCCAAGCUACAAGAUUGCGAACAGUUCCUUCAAAAGGAAAAUUCGGUCGCUCCAGAAUCGGACAGGAUUAUCAAAAAGUACCUUGAAGUCUCUGAAAGAGGAAGCCUCGAUAGUUUCCUUCUCGUCAUUCCGGACAAAAUUCGUAACGAUGAUUACUUGCAUUAUAUCCUGAGAUAUAUGCGGGCACAUAACCAAUUUGACCGGCUUGAUCACGAGAGAAUCUUUAACAACGUCUUGUUCACAACUGUGGAGAGAAAGGUGACGGAGCUUCUGGCAGUUGUUGCACAGAAAGAUCCUCACGCCUUCUGGUAUCUGGCGCACUCGUUCGAGGCUAAACAAGAGCCUUUGUAUCGACACCUGCAUGGACCCAUACAAUGCUGCGUGUGCAGAGAAAUUAGACAAAAAGAGAAAGACGAUGAACUACAGUCUUCAGGAAUGGGUCUGGAGAAUGAAGUCACGGUGUUGUCUGCAUUAAAGAACGCUUUGAAGGAAACGAUCAAGGAAACAAAAGAAAAAGUGAAGAAAGUGAAGGGACGAUGUAGUGAAAAGAAAGGUGAGUGGAAAAUGGGCACUGCUUUCUAGUGAGGAAGGUGGGCAACCUCGUUUCCAGGGUCCUCGCUUCUUUUCACCCCCUAGAGCCUAGAACGAGAAAGGGAGAAGGAAGACGAGAAACCCUGGGAACAAGGUUGGGAAGUGCGAACGAUAGAUAACGAUUUGACAGAGAGAGGUCUGGGUUGCAGCCCCGACGCCACGCUUUGUGUUUUUUUGCUUUUUGGCAAAACAUUUCACAUAACGCCUUUCUCCAUCCAUCAAUGCAUAGUGGUUUGUGUAAAACUAGGACAUUGCGGUAGAAACGAAGAAAAACAAGUACAGCAAUCGAGAAAACUUUCUUCAAAUAGCAAUCAAGUUUUUGAUUCCUGUUUUUCUAUAUUUACAUACUUCCUAGAUGCCACAAAUUCAAACACUGUAUGUGACACAGAGAAUAGUGAACAUGCCGAGCACUGUUUGGAUGAAGCUACAAAGCCUGGUGACAAGGACUACACAGAUACGGAGGGUGUGUAACACACACAAGAAAAACAUUAUUAUUAUAUAGAUUUACCCAAGCCUAAACCCGGAGCUACCCAGUUAUUUAUUUCACCCUUUUUUAUCGAUCAUUUGUUGACAUAACAACAGAAAUGAGUUUUUCUCUUAAAUGGAAAACAUCUGUUUUCGAAAACAAUCGUUUCGCUAAAAAACUCUCUCUUUCAAAAUGGUUAAUGCGAUUUUCAUGCUAUUUCCCGCCAGAAAAACGCAGGCUGCCCAAAAGCCCAGUAUCACGUACGCGCGCGCCAAGAAAACCCCUGACUCCCCUCCCUCUCCAGCCUCCAGAGUGUGUGCGGACGCUCGCUCGCUCACACGGUGACGUGAUAAUAAAAUUUUCUCGGCUUGAUGGUUUAACCAACAAUUCCUACCCAUGGUGCUCCGCUAUAAAUCCAAUAUCAUAUUUAAUUAACGGAAGCAGUGUAGUGGUAGGAGCGCUCGCCUCUCACCAACUGGGCUUGGACUCGAUUCCGGGCUGGUACAUGUUGUGGGUUUGUGGUUAGUUCUUUUCCUUGCUCCGAGGGAUGUACCUUUCUCUCUAAAUAUUAUAUUGAUAAUAUAACACGUUCUCUAAUUGGUUCUUAAGUUUCGUGCACGGUGAUUACGUUUUAUGGCUUUCAUGGUCAAUAUCUAGGAAUAGCAUAUGAGGUCACUGAGUCGAAAGGAAGUUAAUUUGUUGGUAAUGAGUGAAAUUCACUUGGUUCAUCGUUACAGAAAAUAAAGCUGUCUCAUAUAAAUCACUUUUCGUUACGGCUGUGUCGUCGAUAGAUAACAGUUUUAAUCUUCGCCUUGCACAGAUCUAGAGAGUGACGUACCAGUUUUGUCAGCCAUAAAGAAAGCUGUGAAGGAAACUAUAGAGGAAAAAUACUUAUCAGCCUUGGCAGCAGUGAAAAACGUGAAGGAGAAGAGAAGUGCACGGAAAAGUGAGUGACACAGUUUUGAGAAGGAUUGAAAAUUGAAUUUUACUGUCUCAACACUUCUGUCACUCAUUGUAGACAUAACCGUGCGUUUAUUUUUCAAUUAAUUUGUUUAAACAGAUGCGACAAGAAAGAUACGUUGGUCAAGAGGAGCCUCUCACGUCAGCUAUCCCCUGGAUGAAGAUGAAGAGUCCGGGGACGAGGACUACAGAGAUGCUGAGGGUGUGUAACGUUAUUAAUGACCACAUUUCGAGCGCUCUGAUUGGCUGGCUUUCGUUUUGGAUUAUUCGUGUUACAACAUGUUGUUAGUUUUGUUUUAUUCUGGUGGCUUCUUACCUUGAUUAUUGGUCUAUAUAAACGCAAGGGGAAGUUUGGGAGGAUUUGGAAAGUUGUAAAAUCCGGCCAUGUGAGUUGGAGUUCGUCAAUGAUCGAAUUCUUCCAAAGGUUCUAUUGUUUGUAUCAGGUAACGCAUUUUUAGUUCGUAACUAAUCUUUUUUUGAUAGAUAAACUUAUUAAGCUACAGCCUAGGGACACUGCAUGGCGAGACUCAAAUUCAGAACGAGGCAGACGCAGCCCCACAAACUAUGCAUGACACCACCGUUUCUCCAGCAAACAAUGUUGAUUUUGAUCAUAAAAGCUUUUUCGUUCUUAGGUUUACCUUUAAGGAACAUUCCCGAUGACCCAUGCGAACCCAAGAGAGUAAAGGAUGACGUCAGCACUACCAAAGAUUGGCCAACAGCGGCGUCAGAACAGAUGCUCAGCGUGAUAACGAGGCGCAAAAGAGCCUACAAAACUGCGUUUACUGCCUUGUCAGCGGUCACCCUGUUUACCUUCCAUCCACUUCCGGAGUUUGCCUUUUUGUUCCUGUUUAUUUACUGCAACUUUUUAAUCAUAUUGAUCACUUUUUGAGUUUCAGCUCCCCUUUCGGUUUUUGAUAUCUCUCCCUGUAUGAUUCUUCUUCCUAGUCUCCGUCAUCUGUGUCCUGCCUUCUGCAAAUGAGAAUUUAUUCCAGUUUUUGUUGAUGAGUUUUAAGACUUUUUGUAAAUAAUUGCAGACAAGUGGUAUUAAUUUAUACCAUGCGGCUGUUAAAUAAUCCCUUUAUCUUCUUUUGUAGAUACAUUGAAAGGAAAAAACUAGGAAUCCGUGGCAAGUUUACUUAGUGUAGACGCGGUUAUCUGUAGCUACAAUGUUCUUGUAGUUAGACUAUACUUAGUCAAAAAGCUCUAUUUUUGAUAAAUCUCCUCUUUGUUUACCUUUUUUUGUUUUUACCUUCUCAAGGAGAUAAUUACCUGUAAAUAAGACAUCAGACUGGUGUGUAUACCGACAAAAUACACUGAGUGACAAGUGGGAUAUUCCGUUGUACAGAGAGCAUUGCAUAACUAUUUUAUAACUCAAUAAAUGGGACAUUCGGGCGGUCCAUGAUGGAAAGGUUGGGUGUAGCACCACCCAUUGUACAAAGGCUUUCACGUAUUCUGAUUGGCUGUAUUUUCUAUGGAAUGAUAUAAAGAGUGAUAUUUGCGGCUCUGGCAGCAUUAUUGUAGAUUAUAGCGCCUCCUAGAGGAGAACGCUAGGAUGUCAUGAUUUCAUGAUCGUGGUUCUCUACUGUAUACAGUAUACGAUUAUGUAAUGGUAAUGGAACAGUUUUUCAAUGGCCUUUGAACAGCUGAGCACUGUAACCAAUCAGAGACGGAAAAUAUGUUUUCUUUACCAGUAAGUUGAAAAACCAAGCCAGUAAAAUAGAUGCACGCUCAUCUUGAAAAUUUAGAAUAAAAGGUUGAAUUUUA